CAGCCACCCGUCUGGCCGCUGGCUUUGUCUGGCUGCCAAACUAAUGCAUGUGCCUACGCAGGAGGCGACGACAUUUUGGCUCCACUUUCAAAGUUUUUUUUUUUUUUUCUUUCUCGUGUGUUAUUUCUAAAGAUAACAAAGGUCUUCUGGAUGCCUUCUUGAGCCUGCUCGUGGCCACCCACAGACACUUGUAAGGAGGCGAGAGGUCGGCCUGGCGGAGACACUGUGCAAUGAGGGAUUAGAGGCCAGGAUCCAAGGAGCAAGUGCUACAGCCGGGAGACGAGGGAACGGGCCCUGAAGACGCAUCUACGGAGAGGUCGGCCAUGGCCUCUCUCGGCCUCCAACUUGUAGGCUACAUCCUGGGCCUUCUGGGGCUCUUGGGCACCCUGGUUGCCAUGCUGCUCCCCAGCUGGCGAACGAGUUCUUACGUCGGGGCCAGCAUCGUGACGGCAGUCGGCUUCUCCAAGGGCCUCUGGAUGGAGUGUGCCACGCACAGCACUGGCAUCACCCAGUGUGACAUCUACAGCACCAUGCUGGGCCUGCCUGCUGACAUCCAGGCUGCCCAGGCCAUGAUGGUGACAUCUAGCGCCAUCUCCUCGUUGGCCUGUAUCAUCACCGUGGUGGGCAUGCGGUGCACCGUCUUCUGCCAGAACUCUCGCGCCAAAGACAGAGUGGCGGUGGUGGGUGGAGUCUUCUUCCUCCUUGGAGGCCUCCUGGGCUUCAUCCCCGUUGCGUGGAAUCUUCAUGGGAUCCUGCGGGACUUCUACUCCCCCCUGGUGCCUGACAGCAUGAAAUUUGAGAUCGGAGAGGCUCUCUACUUGGGCAUCAUUUCCUCCCUGUUCUCCCUGAUAGCUGGGAUCAUCCUCUGCUUUUCCUGCCCACUGCAAGGAAAUCGCUCCAACUACUACGAUGCCUAUCAGGCCCAGCCCCUCGCCACCCGGAGCUCUCCGAGGCCUGGUCAACCACCCAAAGCCAAGAGUGAGUUUAACUCCUACAGCCUGACAGGGUAUGUGUGAAGACCCAGGGGCCAGCGCUGGCGGUUGGGGGGGGCUGGGUCUGUGAGAGCCAGUGGACAGCCUUCCCCCAGGGCCACAGGUGAGGGACAUUGCCACUGGAUUGCGCCAGAAGGUGCUGCUGAGGAUAGACUGACUUUGGCCACUGGAUCAAGCAAGGGCAGAAACGGGAGCUGCUGUGACAGCGUGCAGGUUGAACUGUCAAGAUGCUUGCCAAGCCAGAUUUUCGGUUCCCUUCAUCUUGGCGCCCCGUUCCUCCCACCUUGAAUCCCCAACUCUCCACUCUAAACCCACCCCCCACCCUAGGCCAGGCCCCAGAGGCGCCCCUCAGUCCUCUGGUUUACCUGAAACUCCAACCCCAAACCCACCAAUCGCAUCCCAGUGACUGACCUUCUCUGUGAUCGAAGACCCUUCCUCUUGCUCGGGUUGGUUCUCAGCUCAUUGCUGGGGGGUGGGGGUGGGAAGGAGACACGGUGGCUUCUAUGGCCAUCUGGCGCUAAGCUCCAUCCCAAGCCUCCCUCCAAAGGAACUGAUUGGCUAGUAAGUAAUGGGCCCGGGAGCCUCCAUCCCUCUCUUGUUAUAACUCCACAGUGUCUGGACUGGUUUGUGUGUGACCUGAAAUAAAGCCAUCCCACAGUCCCAAGGGAACAGAGAACCAGUGGGUGUAGGAUGAGAGGGAGGAGGGGGACCAAAAAAGACCAGAAUCGCUGCCCAGGGAAAGCACAAGGAAAGAAGACAUGGUGGAACGUUCAAGGUGGCAGCAGACACUGACUGUCCUGAGGAACUCCCUCCGAAGCUACUUCAGCUCCAACUUUCUCUGAAGCCCCUGCCUCCCUCCGACCAGGCAUCCUGCUAAGGGGCCUAUUCGGUGAUCUCCUUAGAAACAGGAAACUGAGUUUUUUUAAGACACGGCUCUUGGCUGGGGGAUGGCAGCAUGGGAGCUACUGGGGACUUGAGAAGGAUACCCCUCCUUGAUGCUGCCCAAGAAAGAAUAAGAACUUGGGUGUCUGUGAAGCUGGGUGGACACGUGUGGGAAGUCCAGUGGGUGUUUCUACGGGGCCAGAGGGUCUUCAGGGCCUAAUGGAAAAUCAGCCCGAAGCCUGGGAUCAGGCCCCCAGGGGCUGCCCCCAGAGCACUACAGAGCCUCUGAAGGAACACAGCACCACACGGGCCCCCUGGCAGCCCUCUUCAUAGUCUCCCCACCAGCCUUUACCAGACACGGCAGAGGUGCCAGGAGGCCCCCAAAGGCUCCCGCGUGGUAUAAUCCUGCCCAAGGUCCCAUGGCCCACAUCCGGGUGAUACUUGAGCUGCAGUUGGGGCUGCCGUUGAGGAGGACAUGUAGGCGAUGAUGCCCAGGUGGUCAUCUCUAACGUGUGAAAAGGCCCCAUUUCCCUGGGGGUGGGGGUGCAGGUGCGGGUGCGGGUCCCAACCAAACCAAAGGCCUUGUCCCCUCACCGGUUUGCACAUGACCAGCUUCCAAAAAAACUCCAGGACCCCUCCCUGAACCUCCGUGCCGGCAGGAGGGGCCCAUUCCUUGUAACAUGCCUCUGCGCCUUUCUCGAUUUGUUUUUGCCUCUAUUUAAACUGUCGUAAGGGGGAGGGAGGGCCCUCUCCCCUUAGCCACGUCUGCCUCAUGCCUGGAGAAGUUGCUCAGCACCACCUCCUCCACUGAGCCUCCUCUGACCACUCCAUCCCUCUCCCACCCCUCCAUCCUCCAACCCUGGAUGUAAGAGUCACUCUUCGAUGCUUAGCAUUCACCAUUUGUGAUGGAUAGUUGUCUUUGUGUAUGUAUGUAUCUGAUCUCACAAGUACAUUGUAAACUCUUGGAGGGGAGGGGCCCCGUGGUAGACCUGUCUCUAUCUCCCGGAUUAUUUGUAACAGUGCUGGGCACGCAGUGUUAGGUGAUCAAUAAACACUUGUUGAUUGAGUAA